AUCAGGAUCACUCAGUUACUUCAGCAUCUUUCAAUGAAAGUUUGCUACUAAACUUUUUCUGAUACCUUCCCUUUGCUUCAGUUUUAGUCUCUAUACAGCCUUUCGGUAAAUAGCUAUACUAUUUUAUUGUUCAGCCUUCAAAAUACUAGAGAAGGAUUCACACGAUUAUCGGAUCGCUAUAUUCUUGUAUUUUGGUUUCUUCUUGCAAAGGACAUUGUUGUUUCUCAGUAUCUUCCAAUAAAAGUUUGAUGCUUCAUGAUACCUUUCCUUUGUUCCAGGUCUUGGAAAAAAGCAAAGUAUACAAAAGGAGAAACAAAGCUAAAAAGGGUUCUUUUAAGCAUCUCUUACUUAUUUCGUAAAACACUCAUCAUCUUUUAAUGUAAUGUUGAUCAAGAACCCAUUCAUACUUUCUACUUUCCACAUAUUCUCAGCUUUUUCUGUUGGGAUUUGGCUUUGCUGAGUAUAUAUCUUUUUGUUAUCAUCUAAGUUCCUCUUGACAAUACUGAAAAGUUAUCGGUCAAACAAUCUCUGAGGGGAAAUGUCUGUUUAUGCUGAAACAGCAUAUGGAAGAAGGAGCAAAGAUGUUGAUGAAGCUCGCAGAAUUUACCAACCGAAACAGAGUGACAUCACCGGCAAAAUCAUCAUCUUUAUCCUUGCAGGGCUUUGCAUGCUGCUCUUCAUCUUCAUCGUCAUCGGUUUCUUUUUCAUAGCCAAGCCACUGACAGCAAGCUUGACAUCUGUUGAAGUAAGAAACCUCAGGUACAACAACAAUACAUCAUCAUCAUCAUCGCUUUACUUUAACGCAACACUGGCUAUGGAAAUCAGAAUUGAGAAUCCGAAUCUCGGGUUCUUCGAGUUUCCCACUAGUAGAGGAGAAAUCUUGUACAACGGUGAUGUUGUUGGUGAAAUGAGGAUUAAUGGACAACGAGUGGCUUCAUUUGGUGACUUAAGAACAGAGGUUAGUGCAGAAGUGGCUUACAGAGGGAAUCAGAAAUCACCUGUUUGGUUGAAGAAUGAUAUAGAGAGAAGGCUAAUAAUCCUCGAGACCAGAGCUAAACUAAGAGGUGAAGUGCACUUGAAGGACUUGAACAAGAGAACAGUGAAUUUGAAGUGUUUAAUGCAACUUAAUCUCAGUGAUGAUGUUAUUCAUCGUUUGUGGUGUAAAUGAAACACACUUAGGUUGUUUCAUACUUUUCUUGGGUAAUUAGUUUUUCUUCUUUAGCUAUAUUAGCAUAUUUAUAAGUGAAUAUCAAAAUACUUAGGUUUCUUUUUUCACAAAAAUUGAUAUUAAAAUAUCAGUUUAUACCAAAAUAAAUCUCAAGUUUUACAGUAUAUCAGAAAUUUAAGUGUGUUUUUUUCUUUAGGUCUUAUCUUUCUAGUUUUGUCACUUUCUUUAAUUCUUGUCAUCAGAUAAAAAUGUCGCUUUUGAAUAAUUCAAUAUGGUUAGUGUUUGUUAGCGUAAGAAACAUCAUCAGCUUUGUCG